CGAUCAGUCGAACAAACAAGUGUACCAAUGCUUACAGAUUAAUCAAUCUUCUAACUGGGGUUAGCCGCCCACUUAAGAUUAAUAGGCAAAGUAGUUCCAUUCAGCCUUCGACGAAGGAGCACGCGGUCAGAUUUCCAGCAAACCUUCAAGACAAGGCUGUAAGCACCAUCGUGACGUCAUGCCACAGGCGACCAAUCGCCAGCUGGUGCGGGACAUGAACAACACGCCGGUGGGGCGCGGCACGGUGUACAACGAGAUGCUGAAGAUCAGCGCCACCACACGCGAGCGCGCGCGCAAAGCCAACGAAGGGGAGCAACUGCGCCUGGACAAAGUGGCUCGCUUGCUGGAGCGGCACCAGCGCGUGACGGAUCACGUGACAGCUCGCGUGCAGGAGCGCGUGCAGCAGGGUCUGAAGGAGAUGCGGGCAUUUCAGCACGUGCUGCAAGACCGCUACAGCGUGCGUCACUUCCGCACCCUGCAGCCCUCGCCAGUGCGCAUGUCCAACCGGAGGCGGAAGCUGGAGACAAUGUUUUACCACUCCGGGUUCUCGCAAAAGGCCAUGCAGCCGGAAAUUAAACGACAGAUGAAGAAGGAAGAUCCAGAGUAUCUGCGCCGUAAGUUCAAGGCACAGAUUCUAGCGAGAAGUCGACAGGAAGUGGUGCGUCUGGUAGCUCGCAACACCAUGUUGUCGAGGACACUGACAGCGCCCCUGUCUCCGGGUCAGAACCUACAGGAAUCGACCUCUGCAACAGCGUUGACUCCUGCACCCACACAACAUCUAGAAGAAUUUGAGCAACAUCUGCCACAGCGCGUGUGCAUGCAAAAGUAAACGAGACUGGUAUCUGCUUUAGCGAUGGCACCAGCUGAAUCAUGUGACCUCAACAGUUCCCACUGUAACUAUUUCAAAAUAUCUUGUGUGAUAUACAUUGAUGCAAUAGCGCACAGC